GUGAUUAUAUUGAAAUUAUAUAAGUAAUACCUAAUAUAAUAGUUAAGUUACAAAAACUGGUCCACCAUUGCUGUUGUUGCCGGGGAUGAUGGCUUGUCUCAAAGGCCUGUCUUCUCUUCACAGAAUUUGCAUACCGAGACAGUGUGGACAGCGAUACAUCAGUACAGCUGUAGCACCUCUGUGCAUCCAACUCACCCAAGUAGUAGGAGCGGAGCCCUUAAAGAAAAAGAAGAAGUUGGAUCCACAACUGGUUCGUCAGAAGGAAGAACGUAGGAAAAGAAAAAUUGAGAAGGCUAUCCGUCGUUUAGAGAAGAAUGCAGGUCAGCUAAAACCAGUUGAUGAACUUGAAGUCCCACCAGCCAUUCUUCAGGAGAUGAAUAUUCGUAAGAGAGCUGAAAUCUCCAUCACUGAAGAAACUGAAGAGAGUCAAGCCUCAAUAUUAAAAGAAUGGUCCAACUACAAAUAUCAACAACAUUUGGCAGAAGUCACCUUGAUUGAGCGCAUUAUUGCUUCCAGGGAACGAGCACUACAGGAACUACGGCAGGAGUCUGAAGAUUUAUGGCUGGAGGCAAUACAGAUUGACCAGAUGCUACUUCCAUUCAGAGUGAAGGGACCUGUUGCAACUCCUCCAAUCAAGGAUUAUAAUGUCCCUGAUGGAGAUUACAUUGAUAAGACUACUAAAUGGGAUUAAUACUUUUGUGGUGUUAGGUAUUUAUAUUGUUAAAUAAAAGUAGCAAAACCUAAGUUUCAAGUGAUGAAGGAGAGGAUUGAGAACAUAAGACUAAAUUUUCACUAAUGUUUCAGGGUUAAAUUAUGUAAAAUAAAAAGUGAACAAU